AUGCAGAAGCACGAAGGCAGAUCUGACUGGGACAUCAUCAUUGUUGGGGCUGGCUUGGCCGGCAUUAACAUGGCUUAUCGGGUACAUCACGAGCUGCCUCAUUGUCGAUAUGUUGUUAUCGAAAGCAAGAGCACUGUGGGCGGCACCUGGGACACGUUUCAUUAUCCUGGCCUCCGCGCAGAUUCCGACAUCUAUACUUACUCGUAUCCUUGGUUCCCAUGGAAUCAGAAGACUAAGCACCCCGAUCGGGAAUCAAUCUCACAAUACUUGGCGGCCGCUGCCAGCUGCUUUGAGCUUGGGAAUCAUAUUUCUUUCAAUCACAAACUAUAUUCGGCACAUUGGUCAAGCGCCUUGCGCCAGUGGGAGCUGGUAUGCCACCACCACGGAGCAACGGUCUCCACCGUGGUACUUCGCACGAAAUUUGUCAUCUUCUGCACUGGUAUAUUUGACCACAACGAGGCCCGAGCAGUUGAAAUCGCAGGGUUGAGUUUAUUCGCAGGCCCCGUGGUACAUCCCCAGUUCUGGCCAGACGACUUGGACUAUUCGGGUAAACAUAUCCUGCUGAUUGGUAGCGGAGCAACGGCCAUGACCCUACUCCCGGAGCUUGCUCAGACUGCUGCAUCGGUGAUACUCGUCCAGAGAAGUCCAGGUUACCUCCUUACUCUCCCCGAGAGACGGCAUCGGAAUAACGGAAGUUGGCACUGGGUGCAUCACCUCAAAUGGGUUCUCUGGAUGAUCGUCCUCAAGCAAUUCUUUCAGAUCUGUCACUGGUUCCCGAGACUGACAAAGCGAAUAUGUGCUUUCUGGGCCCGAUGGCAGCUUCCAUCCCAUGUACCCAUCGACCCUCAUUUUAUCCCCGCAUAUGACCCGUGGGAGCAACGGCCCAAUGUCUGUUUCGGAUGGGAUAUGUUCCGAGCGUUGGAAAGUGGUCGAGCGGUGAUAGAGACAGGCCACAUCGCCAAUGUCGACCGACAUGGCCUGAAGCUUCAUUCUGGAAAGUACCUGCCAGGGGACAUCAUUGUGACUGCUACGGGGCUUAAGCUUCAAUUCGCAGGUGGGGUUGGGAUCCUUGUGGAUGGGACCGAGAUCGAUCUUGGCGGAAAGCUUGCUUGGAAUGGCGCUAUGAUUCAAGAUAUCCCAAAUGCGGGCUUUGUCACCGGGUAUGCGCAUACGUCUUGGACGUUGGGGGCAGACGUGCGAGCGCAAUUGAUCUGUCGCGUGAUUCGGGAGAUGGAGCAGAGCGGUGCGCCUGCUAUGGUGCCUCGCUUCAGAGGGAACGUGCAGGCCAUUGCCCAGCGGCCAAUUCUUCUGAAGUCAUCGUAUAUCUUGUCUCAAGAAAGUUGUCUCCCAAGAGUGGGUAGCGAUGGGCCUUGGAAGGCGAGGAACACCUACGUGAUCGAUUAUUUCUUUGCAAGAUACAGUCGAAGAGUCCUUGAAGGACUUGAGCGUCUAUGA